CUUAGCUCUUAAGCCCUAGCGUCUGUCUGAGCGCUGACACACUUAGUUUCUCUGGUAAUUACACUCUUCUCGCGUCCAGUUUCUGUCCCGGUCAAUGCCCCCAGGUGGAAGCCAUUACGUUUCUCUCGAUGCGUCUCAAAGCUCUCACCUCCCUCUCCAAGCUCUCUGCUCCCUCCCACCCUCUCCAAGCCUCCGACGUGUACGCUGAGAUAAUUAAUGUUGUGCAUGAAUCAAAUAUUCGGAGGCAUGGAAGGUCAUAUGCUGUCUCUGUUCCUUCCUACGUUGUAAAAGCCCAGAAAAGUCGCAAAAGGGUUCCAAAAGAUGAACGGAAAGUUAUGGUGGAAUCUUUCGUAAACAAGUACAGAGGAAUGAAUGCAGGAAAAUUCCCAACUGUUUCUGAAGCUCAAAAACAUGUGGGUGGCUCUUACUAUAUUGUUAGGGAGUUGGUUCAGGAGCUAGAACACAAAGCUAAAACCUCUCCCUUAAGCAGGAGGAAUGAAAAUUUAAUGGAAAAUGAGCCAGCUAAAGAGAGAAAGUCUCUGGCUGAAGCUGAAAAGGUUUCAACAAGUCGAAGAACAGUGGAUGCUGUAAUAGAAGAUUAUCGUCAAACUGUACCAAUCAGUCCUUUGGAGGUCUCUGAUGCAAGUAGCAAGAAUUUAGAAGCAAAGGGAGGGAAGUGGGUUGAGAAGAUCUUGUCUGAAGAAGUUACAACAUCAAGUGGUGUGGUAAAAGGAAAAACUAAGGACAUUUCGCAUGCACAUCUUGAAAAGCUAGAAAAUGGUAAAAUACAGGAAGCACAGAAAGAUCGUUCUGGUUUUGUUGAAACGCCAAGUGUUACGCUAAAAGGGGAAACUGAGGGGUCUUCUCAGCCAUGUCUUGAAACAAUAGUGGAUGGUAAAAAAGAGGAAGUGGCUUCUGAAAGUUUGCUGAAUUUUGAUGGUACAAAGCAUGAACCUGAGCAGAAUCAAGGGUCCCCUGAAUUAGAUGACUUUUCAAGAGACAUUUCUAGAAAGCAGAACGAGGAAGAGCUGCCCAAGGGAUCAACUGUUUGGGCAAAUCUGAAGUCAUUUGCAGGUGGCAUUAUAAACAUGUGGAGAAAACUGUAAAUCUGUGUCAAGAUACCCUUUCGCUGGGAACAGUAAAAAUGAGUCACUCGGAAACAACAAAGCAGGAAACGUGGAGGGGAGAGGGAGUAUUGGAAAAUCACAUAGCUUUUUUUUAUUAUUAAAUGAUAUGGAAAGGUUGGGAUAUUGCGGAGCUGAUUCAAUAAGAGUUAUGGAUCAGUCAGGACUGACGACACUGUCAAAACCCUAGUACAUAUAUUCCAACAAAUGAUUGUACUUGUGGAGUAAUGUCUCGGAGCAAUCAAGGUUCAGAUCGCUAAUUAAGCUUUCUUGCUAUCAAUUUUUUCUUUCUUUGCUUUAAUUGGUUUGAUCUCACUCCAUAUGUAGUGAAAGCCGAGUUUUGAGGCCACAGUAGUGUUUUUGAAGAAAAAAAAUAGUGAAAGUGUGUCCCUUCUAAAAUCUUUAUCAAUAUAGUCUUGUAAUUAUAUGCUCA